AUGGCGAAUCGAGGACUACGGCAGCUGCUAUUCAUUGAUUAUCCGAACAUCAUCUUUCCGUCAGUGGCAACGGCACUGGCCAUUCCCGCACUCGCAUCGACCCCUUCGUUCAUCCCUUUAACUUUACUGGUUUCUUGCCUCCUUCUGUAUACGAAGGUCAUAGCUCAUCGCCCACGCGUUGCUGCUCAUAUCAUAGCGUGCUGGUUGCUUGUCGCGGCUGGACAGACCGUCGGCGAAUUCGCCGUUUCGCACAAUGCGGUGGCGUCGCCCAUCGGCGCCCUCCUAUCCGCUUUCGUCCUCUCUUGUAUCUCAAGCGGCGCACAUCUCUUGCUCGUCUUUGCCGAUGUAUGGAGCGGAAGGUUUGCCCUGCCAUGGGCCCGUGUUACGUUCUUCCCAGCUAUUUGGUCGACCGGUAUCCAGAUCCUCGCGAACGUCAGCCCUUUGGGCUACCUCAUGACGUGGUCGCCUACCAGUGGCAUCAAUUCGUUCGAGUGGAUGAGGCCGACAUUUGGUCCGUGGGGGAUGAAUUGGGUCGUCGCGGCAGUCGCGAUAAUUGUCGCGGAGGUGGCAGGCUGGUGGUUCAUCAACGAAGAUAAUGAGGAUGGCCUUGACGUGGAUGGGCAUGACGGCCAAUCCAACGUGCUCAUUGAGCAUCCCCUUCCGAACGAAGAGAGCGCGAGGAAGCGUGCUGUUACACACGGGUCAACCCACGUCAUCUUCCUCGUUGCUUUGAUGUUCGUCAUUGCGAUACCAUCGUUCUUCAUCCUGCCCUCACCUGUGGCCCCAUACUCCGACUCUUCCACGCCUAUAGACGUCGGAUGUGUGCUUCCUCGGCACUCAGCUGGCUCCCAGCUCACAUUUGAAGAUUACCUGUCCGAAACGAUACUCAUGGUAGGACGCUCCAAACGACAGAUUCUCCUGUGGCCCGAGAGUGCCGUCCGCUUCUACAGCCUCGAUGACCGCAACGAAAAGCUCGAGAGACUGCAUCAAGUGCAAGCUGGAGGCUAUGUGGCUCUCUCAUACGAAGAGCCAGAACCACAUGCAGGAAAACGGAGUGGCGUGCGUCGCAAUGGUGUUCUGGUCCAGGGCCCGGAAGGCGUCGUGCUCGAUUACCAGAAGCGCAAUCUAGUCCCUUUCGUCGAAUCGUUUCCCCUCGCAAGUGGUUCAGAAGACCCUGAAGUUGUAACCAUCCAGAUGCCCGCACUGCCGAAUGGAGGUGGUAGACCCGGUAACAGACUCAGGAACAUCACGUUGACCGCUUCGAUAUGCCUCGAUUUUGCAUCACCUCGUGCGCUGAGCGGGUUAUCCAAGCGUCCCGCGUUGGUUCUUGCGCCCGCACGCACCUGGCAUCCGGACGUCUCGCGAGCUAUGUGGGAGCAGACGCGCGCUCGCGCUGCAGAAAUUGGUAGCGCGGCUCUCUUUUGUGACGGGGGUCAAGGCGGAUUCUCGGGCGUCGCUGGUGCAGGUCUGCACGAGCCUACGCAAAUUGGGCCAGGCACAUGGCUUCGCACGGUUGGCGUACCGUGGCCGCUGGAUGGUCGCAAAACGGCCUAUGCGGCGGUGGGAGAUUGGGCCAUGUUCUUCAUCGUGUGGAUGAUCAUGGGAGUAGGCGCCUUCAGCGAGUCGGCCGUCAUUCUGGGGCUGCGUCGGGUCGCACCCCUCGGAGGCUCGCUUGUCGCCGUUGCGCGACGAGCUUCUGCUCUUCUCUGCAGAACGCGCACGGCCGACGCCGAGGGCCGCGAAGCGGCUCAAGAUGGUGAACACGAGCCUCUUCUUCAUUGA